AGACAGACAGACAUCAUCAGAGGAAACCCUCUCCCACUCGCGCGCGCGCCCCCGCCCCUCACUGCGCGUUCACGUCCCCGCACAGUGACACGCUUCCGUGACAUUAAUGACCGCGCGGCGUCUCUACUCGCGGUAAACUACGGCGGGAGCUCUCGAGCGGAUUUACGAGCGAAACGGCUGUUGAUCGCGGUGUGUUCGCGGACGGAGUUGCACCGGGGAAAUGCAGGGACGCGGACGCGAGCGAUGAACGGCGCAGGUGAGACGCGUGAGACGCAGGGAUGCGGUCCGCUCCGCUCCGCUCUGUUCUGCGUGCUCGGGCUGAUCUGUGUUUGCGGGACUGUCGGGGUGGUCUUUGUGUAGUCCGGUAUUACAACCUCUGGCUGCUCCUGCGUUCAUCAUAUGAUCAGUGCGACCCUGCAGCGAUGCGCGCGGUGACAGCAUGCAGAUAUUCACUGCACGUGAGCGAGUGUGGGAUGUCGUGAAUCCGUCGGGCGAGGCUUGUGUUGGCGGAGCGUCUGGUGCUGAUGGGAGCUGCUGCAGCAUCAUGAGUUGCCAUGACGCCGGAGGGCGUCGCCGUUACGAGGACUCGGAGUUCACGCUGCACGUGUAUCCCGGCGCUCUGUCUGAGGGCACCAUCUACUGCCCCGUCUCUGCGCGGAAGGUGACGUCUGCGGCGGAGGUCAUCGAGCGGGUCAUCGAGCGGCUGCAGCUGGACCGAGCGCGCCUCUACGUGCUCGCCGAGGUCAAGGAGUUCGGCGGAGAGGAGUGGAUCCUGAACCCGUGCGACUGUCCCGUGCAGCGCAUGAUGCUGUGGCCGCGCAUGGCGCUGGAGAACCGGUUGGCCGGCGAGGAUUACCGCUUCCUCCUGCGCGAGAAGGACCUGGACGGAUCCAUCCGCUACGGGAACCUGCAGAUGUGGCUGCGCGUGACGGAGGAGCGCCGGCGGAUGGUGGAGCGCGGCCUGCUCCCGCAGCCUCCCUCGGGACAGUACGCCGACCUGUGUGCGCUGCCGGAUCUAAACGAGCGGACCUUGCUGGAGAACCUGCGCGGACGCUUCCGUCAGGAGAAGAUCUACACGUACGUGGGCGGGAUCCUGAUCGUCGUCAAUCCCUUCAAGUUCCUGCCCAUCUAUAAUCCCAAAUACGUCAAGAUGUACGAUAACCACCGGCUGGGGAAGCUGGAGCCGCAUGUUUACGCGGUGGCCGACGCGGCGUAUCACGCCAUGCUGCAGAGGAGGAGGAACCAGUGCAUCGUGAUCUCGGGGGAGAGCGGCUCGGGAAAGACGCAGAGCACCAACUUCCUGAUCCACCACCUGACGGCACUCAGCCAGAAGGGCUUCGCCAGCGGCGUGGAGCAGAUCAUCCUCGGAGCCGGGCCCGUGCUGGAGGCUUUUGGAAAUGCCAAAACGGCCCAUAACAAUAAUUCCAGCCGCUUUGGCAAGUUUAUUCAAGUCAACUAUCAGGAGAGCGGGACUGUGAGAGGAGCUUAUGUGGAGAAGUAUCUUCUGGAAAAAUCCCGACUAGUUUAUCAGGAGCACAAUGAGAGGAACUAUCAUGUGUUUUACUACUUGCUGGCCGGAGCGAGUGAAGAAGAAAGAAAAGCGUUUCAUCUCCUCAAACCAGAGGAGUAUCAUUACCUGAACCAGAUAACAAAGAAAGUCCACAGACAGCACUGGGGAAAUUACUAUGAGACAGAGCUGGACUGUUUCACGGUGGAAGGUGAAGAUCUGAAGCAUGACUUCGAGCGACUGCAGCUGGCCAUGGAGAUGGUGGGGUUCCUGCCGGCCACCAGAAAACAAAUCUUUUCUUUACUGUCUGCGAUCCUUCUCCUGGGGAAUAUCCGUUACAAGAAGAAGACGUACAGAGACGACUCCAUCGAUAUCUGUAACCCAGAGGUGCUUCCUAUCGUCUCUGAACUGCUGGAGGUGAGACCAUAAAGUCAACAUCUGCAACCCACCGAACUACUUUUUCCCCCUUUGGAAUCACAUGCAACUGUAAACACACACACACACACACGUGUGAUGGCGGUGAUUGACAGGUGUGUGUCUGCACAGGCGGGGACGGUGAGGGACUCGAUGGCCAAAUCUCUGUAUGGCGCUCUGUUCGACUGGAUCGUCUUCCGCACAAACCACGCACUGCUCUACAACAAAGACCUGGAGGAUUCAGACAAGAUCCUGUCCAUCGGCGUGCUGGACAUCUUCGGCUUUGAGGACUACGAGAACAACAGCUUCGAGCAGUUCUGCAUCAACUUCGCCAACGAGACGCUGCAGCAUUACUUCAACCAGCACGUCUUCAAACUCGAGCAGGAGGAGUAUCAGUCGGAGGGCAUCAGCUGGCACAUGAUCGACUACAUCGACAACACGGCCUGCAUCGAGCUCAUCAGUAAGAAACCCACCGCGCUGCUUCACCUGCUGGACGAGGAGUGCAAUUUUCCGCAGGCGUCUAAUCAAACUCUGCUGGAUAAGUUUAAGCGGCAGCACGAGGGAAACGGCUACAUCGAGUUUCCUGCCGUCAUGGAGCCGGCGUUCAUCAUCCGACACUACGCCGGCAAAGUCAAAUACAGCGUCAGGGACUUCAGGGAGAAGAACACGGAUCACAUGCGUCCGGAUAUCGUGGCUCUGCUGAAGAGCAGCGGAAAGGCUUUCACCUGCGGCCUGAUGGGAAUCGAUCCUGUGGCCACCUUCCGCUGGGCUGUGAUCCGCGCCUAUUUCAGAGCGCUCGUCGCCUUCAGAGAGGCCGGGAAACGACACAAGGAGAAGACGACGACGAGCGGCUCUGACAGUCCGGUUCAGAAUCAGAAAAGAGUGGACAGCUUCAGUUUCCUACAUCAUCCUGUUCACCAGCGGAGCCUUGAGCUCCUGCAGCGAUGCAAAGACGACAAAAACAAUUGGUGCAUCAGCCGCAGGACUCCUCUAUCAGACCUGCAGGGAUCGAACACGCUCAGCCAGAAAACAAGCAGGAGCUGCGAGGAAGACGAGGGCAUCUUCGUGAACUCGCUGAAUAAUAAGCUUCUGGAGCGAGCGCAGGGCAUCCUGAUGAGAAACAAGAGCUACAAGACCAAGCCGAGCCUCCCGAAGCACCUGCUGGAUGUGAAAUCACUGAAGUAUCUGAGCUGCCUGACGCUCCACGACCGCAUCACCAAAUCACUGCUGCAUCUGCACAAGAAGAAGAAACCUCCCAGCAUCAGCGCGCAGUUCAGCGUGAGGAAACCAUGCACUCCAUCAACACAACUCAUCUCACACGAUUUUGCCCGUCAUUUCUGUGUGCUGUUACCCGCCGGCUUUCACGCCACUCAGACGCGAAUCAGACAGUUCCUGCAGAGCGUCGACCUCGAGACCAGCGGACAUCAAGUGGGCAGAAGCACGGAGCGUCUGCGGCAGCGUCUGCAGGAGCAGCUUCAUCAGGAGGUGCUGCGGAGGAUCGUGUGUCUGCAGAGGAGCUUCAGGACGCAGCAGGAGAGGAGACGCUUCUGCAGACAGAGACAAGCCGCUCAACUCAUACAGGAGCGUCUGCGGCAGCGUCUGCAGGAGCAGCUUCAUCAGGAGGUGCUGCGGAGGAUCGUGUGUCUGCAGAGGAGCUUCAGGACGCAGCAGGAGAGGAGACGCUUCUGCAGACAGAGACGAGCCGCUCGAAUCAUACAGCACUGGUGGCGGGACUGUCUGACUCGAUCUGACGCGGAGCUCCAGCAGGGGGCAGCACUGCGUCUGCAGGCGUCCUGGAGAGGCUUCAGAGAGCGACAGCUGUACCUGCGGCGGAGGAGAGCAGCGCUAGUCAUCCAGACGUGCUGGAGGAGAGUCCUGCAGACGCGACACACAGCCGCGCGCCUCAUUCAGGCCGUCUGGAGGAGCUGCAGACACAGACACAGUGCCGCCGUCACGCUUCAGGCCGCCUGCAGGGGGCAGCAGGCCCGGCACAGGUGCCGCAUUCUGAGAGAGUUGCGACGUGGAGAGAAAAGCCUCUGUGAAAACACUGUGAGCAAAAGUUCACACGCCCAUCAAAACCCAGCUGACGUCCAAGAGGAGAAGCGAGAGAGUCGAUCCACCAGAGCUCGCAGAAGCGUAGACGACAGCACGCUGAAGAGCCGCUCCAAACGCGAAAGCAGGAGGCAACGGGAACUCCAGCAAGCCACGUUCAAUCUAGAGCUGCUCAAAGUCAGGUCCGGUUCAGUGGACGACGUGCUUCCCGCUCAGACCGCGCUCUCCAAACAUCAACCUCCGGACAGUCGAGAAAACUUCGAACUCCUCAUCCUUCCCAACGAGGAACCGGCGACGUCCCAAUCCGAGCCGACGGAGGAGAACCGGAGCAGUCCGGCGUCCUUCAAACCUCAUUUCUACAUCGCAGACGAGGACGGCAGCCCGCACAAGCAGACCCAGGAGAAGAAGGAGUCUGUGGUGGUCAUAAUCAGCAUGCAGGAGAACCCAGUCGAGCACAGCAGCCUGGACGCUCUGCAGAAACUCCAGCCCAUGGAUGCUCAGGAGGUUUGUGGAGACACCGAGGACAGAGCGAAUGGAUUGUCGUCCUCCGAUCAUUCAGAUGACCCUGAACCUCAAACCCCUUCUUCCAAACCCCUCCAGCUGGACUCGAGGGACUCAGAGGUUCAGAAGAAGUUUGUUUCUCAAAGCAUCAGCAUCAGUAUGAAGGAGAAAGCCUUCUGUCCCAAACGCAGCCGACUGACCUUCUCCAAGUCUGACAAAGACCUGGUGAAUCAGGAGCGAUCUCUGGAGAUCCAAAGAGAGGCGGGAUUCAGAUCGUUAAAAACCAGAGAGAUCAGCGAUCUAGAAGCUGAAGACAGUCAGAAGGACACACCGGUGGAUGUGGUCUUCAAGAAGGCCCUGAAAGAGUUCCGCCUCAACAUCUUCAACUCGUACUCUACUGCUCUGGCCAUGGAUGAUGGCAGGAGCAUUCGUUAUAAAGAUCUCUACGCUCUGUUCGAGCACAUCUUAGAGAAGAACAUGCGUCUGGAGCAGAGAGACUGGAGCGAGUCGCCGGUUAAAGUCUGGGUCAACACAUUUAAAGUCUUCCUCGAUGAGUUCAUGACCGAAUACAAGCCAGUGGACGGAACCAUCAGUAAGGCUCCUAAACCUGAGAGGAAGAAGAGGAGGAAAAAGGAAUCGGACACCGUGGAAGAGCACAUGGGUCACAUCUUUAAAUCCACUCAGUACAGCAUCCCGACAUACUGCGAGUUCUGCUCGUCACUCAUCUGGAUGAUGGACAAAGCGUGUGUCUGCAAACUCUGCCGCUAUGCGUGUCACAAGAAGUGCUGUCUGAGGAUGACCACCACAUGCAGUAAGAAGUUUGACCCCGAGCUGUCUUCACGGCAGUUUGGCGUAGAGUUGUCUCGUUUAACGAGCGAUGAGAGAGCCGUCCCGCUGGUGGUGGAGAAGCUGAUCAACUACAUCGAGAUGCAUGGCCUCUACACCGAGGGCAUCUACAGGAAGUCUGGAUCCACCAAUAAAAUCAAAGAACUCAAGCAGGGGCUGGACACCGAUGUGCACAGUGUGAAUUUAGACGACUACAACAUCCAUGUGAUCGCCAGUGUGCUGAAACAGUGGCUGCGUGACCUUCCCAACCCCCUCAUGACCUUUGAAUUUUAUGAGGAGUUCCUCAGGGCUAUGGGUCUGCAGGAUAAGCGUGAGGUGGUUCAGGGGGUUUAUUCGGUCAUCGAUCAGCUCAGCCGAACUCACCUGAGCACACUGGAGAGACUCAUAUUCCACCUGGUCCGGAUCUCAUUCCAGGAGGAGACAAAUCGCAUGUCUGCCAACGCGGUGGCCAUCGUGUUUGCACCCUGCAUACUGCGCUGUCCCGACACCACCGACCCGUUACAGAGCGUCCGGGACAUCAGCAAGACCACUGCGUAA